AGUAUAGUCGGUUCUUAAGCGUUUUUCAAAUUGGUAAACCCAAGAUAUGUUGCGAUUGCUGCAACUGCGCGCGAGACUCGCAACAACAGCGCAACGCGAUGCGCUGGCAGCUCAGCUGCACACCAGACAGCGGCAUCAAGGUCGUGUCAUAGCCAUUAGACGGGAGGAUCAGUCGGUCUGGGAGCGCAGAGCACCCUUUGGACCUACCCAUGUACAGAAGCUGGUUAAACAAGGCGUGAAGGUUAUAGUGCAGCCCUCGAAUAGGCGUGCCUAUCCGAUGCAGGCUUAUCUGCAAGCUGGCGCUCAGAUACAAGAGGACAUCAGUGAUGCAUCAGUUAUAUUUGGGGUUAAGCAAGUGCCGAUUGAUGCCUUGAUUCCAGGCAAGACUUACUGCUUCUUUUCGCACACGAUCAAGGCGCAGGAGUCCAAUAUGCCUCUAUUGGAUGCGGUGUUGGAAAAGAAAAUACGCCUCAUCGACUACGAGCGGAUUAUCGAUGAGCGAGGCUCUCGCCAGGUGGCUUUUGGCAAAUAUGCGGGCGUCGCCGGCAUGGUUAACAUUCUUCAUGGUAUAGGACUACGUCUGCUGGCCCUGGGCCAUCACACGCCCUUCAUGCACAUUGGUCCCGCUCACAACUAUCGCAAUUCUUCGAUGGCUCGUCAGGCUGUGCGCGAUUGUGGCUAUGAAAUAUCCUUGGGUAUGAUGCCUAGAUCGAUAGGCCCACUCACAUUUAUCUUCACGGGCUCUGGAAAUGUGUCGCAGGGGGCGCAGGAAGUGUUCUCAGAGCUGCCAAUUGAGUAUGUGCCUCCAGAGAUGCUGCGUAAGGUGUCCGAGCAUGGCAGCCAGAACAAGUUGUACGGCUGCGAGGUGAGUCGGUCGGAUCAUUUGGAGCGUCGUGAGGGCGGUGGCUUCGAUGCCAAGGAAUACGAUGAGUUUCCCGAACGUUAUAUAUCAACAUUCAGUCAGAAGGUAGCCCCCUAUGCCUCAGCGAUCGUCAAUGGCAUUUACUGGGCUGUUGGCAGUCCCAAACUUAUCAGCAUACCCGAUGCUAAAAACUUACUGCGUCCGGCCAAUACGCCCUGGUUGCCCACCAGCAAAGGAAGUCCUGCACUGCCUCAUCGCAUGCUCGCAAUCUGUGACAUAUCUGCCGAUCCCGGUGGUUCCAUAGAGUUUAUGAACGAGUGCACUACAAUAGAUACCCCCUUCUGCCUCUACGAUGCUGAUCGGAACAAGGAUACGAAAAGUUUCAAAGGUCCUGGAGUUCUAGUGUGCUCCAUCGACAAUAUGCCAACCCAGCUGCCGCGUGAAUCCACAGAUCUAUUUGGUGAACUCCUGGCUCCUUUCGUUCACGAUAUUAUUAAGAGCGAUGCGAAGAAGUCCUUGCACGAAGAGCAAUUCCCCUACCCAAUACAGUCUGCCAUUAUCGCUAGCAAUGGUAAGAUGACAGAGAACUACGAAUACAUUCAAGAGCUACGCGAGGCAAACAGUAAUCGUUCCCGCAACAAGAUGGAGGGUCGUUGUGAGUCAAAUAAGAAUGUGCUAGUCUUGGGGGCUGGCAUGGUUUCCGCACCCUUGGUGGAGUGGUUGCAUCGGGAGAAGGAUGUCAACAUAACCGUUUGCUCCCAGGCGAAGGAGGAGGCGGAUCGACUGGCCCACCAAUAUGCUGGAGUCGACAGCGUCUAUCUGAAUGUGAACGAGAGUACGGGACAUCUGCAGGAGUUGUGUGGCAAGGCAGACAUUGUGAUCUCACUGUUACCCUACAGCCUGCACGGCAUGAUCGCCCGCUAUUGUGUCGCUGAGCGUACGCACAUGGUUACUGCCAGCUAUCUGAACGAUGAGAUUUCCGAGCUGCACGAUGAGGCGCGUGCUAAUGGAGUAACCAUUAUGAACGAGGUGGGUCUGGACCCUGGUAUCGAUCAUUUAUUGGCCCUGGAGUGCAUACACGAGGUGCAGGAGAAGGGUGGCGUCAUUGAGUCCUUUGUUAGCUAUUGUGGAGGCUUGCCCGCUCCUGAGCAUUCUAAUAACUCGCUGCGCUACAAGUUCUCAUGGUCCCCGCGCGGCGUUUUGCUAAACACACUCUCAGCCGCCAAGUAUCUCAAUCAGGGUCAGAUAGUAGAGAUUUCUGGAGGUGGUGAGCUGAUGUCGAAUCCACGCAGCUUGGACUUUUUGCCCGGCUUCGCACUGGAGGGCUUCCCGAAUCGUGACUCAACCAAGUAUGGAUCGCUCUAUGGUCUAGGAAGCGAUGUGCACACUCUGCUGAGAGGCACCAUACGCUACAAGGGCUUCUCUGAGUCCAUAAAGCCUAUGCAGUUACUGGGUCUCAUCGACCCAGAGCCACAUUCGUUGCUGCAUCCAAGCGGACCAGAUAUCACCUGGCGCCAGUUGAUUACUAAUUUACUGGGCAUGUCCGAUACGAGCAUUUUCUUUGAGAAUCUGAGGCAGAAACUUACCGAACGCAUUGGCGACAUCGAGGGCAUUGAGAGCUUGGGUCUGCUGGAUGAUACACCUGUGGUUAAGCUGAAUACUCCUCUGGAUACGCUCAGUCAUUACCUCUCCAAACGACUAGCCUUUGAGCGGGAUGAACGCGAUCUGGUCAUUCUUCGGCAUGAGGUGGGCAUUAGGUGGCCCGAUGGUCGUCGUGAGGAGCGAGGCAUUAACUUUGUUGUUUAUGGUCAGCCUCAGGGUCACUCUGCCAUGGCCAUGACUGUGGGAAAACCAGCGGCGAUUGCUGCCAAAAUGAUAUUGGAUGGCGAAAUCCAGGAACGCGGUGUGCUGCUGCCAUUUACUCCAGACAUCUAUCGUCCUAUGUUGCAGCGUUUGAGAUCUGAGGGUUUGACUGCCACCGAAACAUCCAGAUGGCUUAAUUAGACUUAUGUAGUAGUAUGUUCAGCUUAACGUUUAAAUAACGCAAUUUUGUAUGAUUUUUGUUAAAUUAAAUGAUUUUUAAAUUUAA